AUGUCAUGGGACGAGCAUAAAAUUGCGAGCAUCGAUCUGGUGACCAAUGAUCCUGUUGUGAACGGGGAGGCAGUGAAAAAUGAAUUCAUCCGAUUUAUCGAGCAGUUUAAAACAACACACAAAGAGUAUUCCCACGUGCUUUCGUCGAACAUAAACCAGAAAAACUUCUCUCUGACGGUCAAGCUAGAGCAUAUUUACCAAUACUCUGAUCUCCUGUCACAGGAGCUGUCCAGGAGGCCCGAAAAAGCCAUCGAAUGGUUUGAAGAAGCAAUAGUUGGCAGAUACAAUACGGAAGGAGUGCAAGGAUUCCAGCUUUGCAUAGUUUCUGACGGUAGAAGCAUACCCAUCAGAGAGAUAAAUGCAUCAAAAACGAACAAGAUAGUGAAAAUUCAGGGGAUAGUUGUUUCUGCAUCUUCUGUCAUUGCAAAGCCAAAGACGCUGUUUCUUGUCUGCAGGAACUGCCUUAACAGUAAAGAAGUGGUGGACAUGAUCCCGAGGGCAUGUGACAAAGCGGAAUGUCCCACUGAUCCCUACAUAGUCAUACCUGAGAAAAGCCGAGUGAUAGACGUACAGUAUGUGAAGAUCCAGGAGUUUUUUGAGGAUAUUCCUGUUGGAGAAACACCUAGGCAUUUUAGCUUAGUUCUUGAAAAGGGUAUGGUUAAUAGCUUGAUCCCCGGAUCAAAGGUUGUUGUUACUGGGAUUUAUUGUAUGAGGAUGAUCCGGGACAGUUCUGUUCCAAUUGUAAAGGUGAUAGGGCUUGAGCAUAGAAGCCUUAAGGCCUCGAAGAUGUUUACGGAAGAAGAGGAGGAAAGCUUCAGAAGCCUUAGCAAGACAAACAUUUACGAGAGGAUCUCGAGAUCGAUUGCGCCCUCUGUAUACGGGCAUGAGGAUGUAAAGAAAGCUCUUGCUUGUAUGUUAUUUGGAGGAACCAGGAGGAUAUUCGAAGACAAGGUCACUCUUCGAGGAGAUAUCAACGUUCUUCUUCUGGGGGAUCCUGGAAUGGCCAAAUCCCAGCUUCUGAAGUUCAUGGAAUUAGUGUCUCCUGUUGGUGUUUACACUAGCGGGAAGGGCAGUUCUGCAGCAGGGCUAACAGCAAGUGUCAUAAGAGAUAGCAGUGGAGAGUUCUAUCUUGAGGGAGGGGCACUGGUGCUUGCGGACAAUGGAAUAUGCUGCAUCGAUGAGUUUGAUAAGAUGGAUGAACAUGACAGAGUUGCAAUCCACGAGGCUAUGGAGCAGCAAACGAUAUCGAUAGCAAAGGCCGGAAUAACAACCAUGCUGAAUACUAGGACGAGCAUCCUUGCAGCAGCAAAUCCAGUAUUUGGAAGAUAUGAUGAUUACAAGACACCUGACGAAAACAUUGAGUUCGGGGCUACGAUUCUUUCUAGGUUUGACUGCAUAUUUAUCUUGAAGGACAAGUUUGGGCCGAACGACACUGUUCUUGCAAGACACGUUCUUUCUGUUCAUCAAAACAAGAUCAAGGAAGAUGGUAGCCGUCUGGGCUCAUGGGAGGAUGAAAAAGAAAAAUGGGAGAAUGAAGAAGACAAGGGGCAGGAUGUCAUUCCAGUUCAUGUGAUAAAGAGGUAUGUGCAAUAUGCCAAGAGUAAGAUAUUUCCGACACUUUCCGAUGCAGCAUCUAAGCAGCUAUCAAGAUACUAUGUCAACACUAGGAAAGAAGUCAGGGAAUUUGAGCAUAAUACUCUUAAGCGAAAUGCAAUACCAAUAACAGUUAGGCAGCUAGAAGCAAUAAUACGCGUGGGAGAAUCGCUUGCAAAAAUGGAAUUGAGCCAGGUUGUCACAGAAAAGCAUGUGGAAGAAGCAAUAAGGCUUUUUAAUGUGAGCACAAUGAAUGCAGUUUCUCAGGGCCACAUGCUGGAAGGAAUGAUUCGUCCCGAUGUGAUCAACGAUAUCGAAGAGAUAUGCACUAGAAUAAAAUUGCUUGUGCCGAUCGGCGGGUCGAUAAAGUAUAACGAUUUAAUCAAGAGACUCGGAGGAAAAGAUGAAUGGAUGUGCAGAAAGGCCAUUGACUAUAUGUGCAGACAAGAAAAGUUAAUAGCCAGAGAUAUGGGAAGAAUAUUAAUAAGGCAGCCUUAA